UAGUAAAAUGGUAUGGUUUUGUCCCCUUCUUAAUGGACAUUUAACUAGCAUGUGAGAGCUAGGUAGCAAGUGUGAGCUGUGCAUGGGAAAGUAAUUUGACAUUUAAGUGAUUUUAAUUUUCUAGACACUAAUGAUUCUGGGCGAGUGCUUGGAGUUUUGUUGGGUUUUUUCAGUAAUACUACUAAGUACCUCACAAUGGCUAGAAUGUUUUUCCUUAAUAAUCUUGUUUUGUAACUGGUGGUACAUUUGGGCAAUGUAAUAUUUUCUUCUUGUGGUGAAAAGGGCAUUGUCCAAUCUGGAGUUACGUAUCAGAGUGGUUUAGAAUGCUGGUUUUCUAGUGAGCAGUACAUUCAUGUACCUGUAAUGUAAUUCAACCAUUUACAAUUUGUGACAUGCUGCUUUCAUCAAAAACUUGGCUAUGGCUUUUUUCCCCUUUUUCUUUCUAACCUCUGGUUUGCUUGAAAGGUUCUCUGACUCAUGGGGAAUUUUGGUUAUGUACUGUAUCUAAGGUCUUUCUUACUUUGAUAGUAAAUUUGCUUUUGUACUCAGCGUGUGUAAUUAAUUUCUGUGGUAGCAUGCUGUGAUUCCUUGUACAUGAGUAUUAAUUUUGAUGUGAAGAAAACAGCUAUAGGUCAUAGAAUAGCAGAGUUUUAAAGUGUAUUUGUAGCAGUGGUUGUGGUGAAGGAAGAUGCAGUCACUAAAUCUUUGAGGGUGUGAUCAAUGGAAGAUUUUUGUGGUGAAGGCAGUGUAUUUCAUAUCAAUAAGUUGGCAAAAUGGUUCUGUUUUGAAGACAAUAGGACGUGAAUUUUUGAAAACUUAAGUAAAAGCCUUCUAAUUUUUUUUUUUACAGCAUGUCUACAAAGAACAUCUCUUUGUUAAUCUGUAUCUUUUUGGGUCAUUGUUUUUCAGCUGUCCUUGUCAAUAUUUUAUAACGUUACAUGUCAGUGAUAGCAGCAUAUUAACUGUUCCAUGAUUGAAUAACUGCAAGGUGUUUCCCCCCCUCACCCCCAGUCGCAGGGACUGGAAGUCUAGGAAGCAGAAUGGGACCAGUUGAAAGGAUUGCUGAUGCAGUGUUCCCACUGGAUUGUACUUGGACCUCUGUUGUGGCAGCUUCCAACUACUUGAGGCCUGCUGGACUACUGAGAAAUUCUGGCUAAGUACCUAGGAGUAAAAUCUGCAGGGAUGUUGAAGCAGCCUUUGAUGACAGCAGUUUCUGGAAUAGCUAGGAUGAGAUUUUCCUUAUUGCAUUUCAUCUAUUUCAGUCAUAUCCAAUAAGCAAUGAAGACAUAGAACAGUACCUGCUCCGGUCAUCACUGCCACAACUGCUAAAAUGGAGGUGGUUUCAGCAGAAGUCAACAGCUUGCUCCCUGAGGAAAUAAUGGACACUGGUAUAACCCUGGUGGAAGAUGACAGCAUCGAGGCAGUUAUCGUGUCGUCGCCGAUCGGAGAUUCGAUUCCCAUGGAAACAGAACUGGAAGAAAUAGUGAACAUAAGCACCACCAGCAACUCCUCAGCUACAACUACGGCCGCAGUCACCACAGAACCACUUACUGCACCCAGCAAUCACUCAGGCGAUGCAGCAGUGAACACCACAACCCCAAAAACUGAUGCAAAUGCAGUUGUAAAGCCUACUUUUCCAAGUGGUCUCCAUAAACUUGGUGCCCAGACCCCUGUCACUAUAUCGGCCAAUCAAAUUAUUCUGAACAAGACCGCCGAUAUUAAAAUAGGCAAUCAGAGUAUUAAACCGGAUGGACAAAAGCUUAUUGUAACAACUUUGGGCAAGUCUGGCCAGCCUAUUGUGUUAGCAUUACCCCACAGCCAGCUCCCGCAGGCGCAGAAGGCCACGUCCCAAGCCCAAGGCGGAGACUCCAAGGUACAAGGCCAGCAGAUCAAGGUUGUUAUCGGAGGUCGGUCAGAAGUGAAACCUGUAGUUGGUGUCUCAGCUUUGACACAAGGAAGUCAGCUGAUAAACACUGCGGCCCAGCCUUCUGUUUUGCAGACCCAGCAAUUAAAAACAGUACAGAUUGCGAAGAAGACCCGAACCCCAACUUCUGGCCCUGUGAUCACCAAGCUGAUCUUUGCAAAACCGAUUAAUAGCAAAGCUGUUACAGGGCAGACCACUCAAGUGUCACCAGUCAUUGCAGGUAGGGUUCUUUCACAGUCUGCUCCAGGAACACCACCAAAGACAAUAACAAUCUCUGAGAGUGGAGUCAUUGGAUCAUCUUUGAGUACAACAACACAACAGACACCGAAUAAAAUAGCUAUCUCCCCACUCAAAUCCCCUAAUAAGCAGCUAGCAGUGGUGUCAGUGGCCUCCCAGCCUCCCAACUCCCCCCAGAAGACGGUGGGCGUCCCACUGAAUGUAGCAUUAGGACAGCAGAUCCUCACAGUGCAGCAAUCAGCACCCUCCUCCCCUGGGAAGGCUAUAGUCAACCACACAACCACCCAGGCUGUGAAAUCAGCAGUGCAGACCAUUACUGUAGGAGGAGUGGGUACAUCUCAAUUUAAGACGAUUAUUCCCUUGGCAACUGCGCCCAAUGUUCAGCAGAUUCAGGUACCUGGAAGCAAGUUCCAUUAUGUCAGACUCGUUACUGCCACAACAGCCAAUAGUUCAACCCAAUCAGCCAGUCAAAAUCCCAGUACGAAUACACAGCCUCUUCAACAAGCAAAGCCAGUGGUGGUGAACACAACCCCAGUGCGGAUGUCUGUUCCCAUAGUGCCAGCACAGACUGUGAAACAGGUGGUGCCCAAACCGAUCAACCCAGCUUCCCAGAUAGUUACUACUAGUCAGCCCCAGCAAAGACUUAUUAUGCCAGCCACUCCACUGCCACAGAUCCAGCCCAACCUCACCAACCUCCCACCGGGCACUGUACUGGCACCAGCACCUGGCACAGGAAAUGUUGGGUAUGCAGUCCUUCCAGCUCAGUAUGUCACACAGCUACAACAAUCAUCAUAUGUAUCUAUAGCAAGCAACACUGGCUUUACAGGGACGUCUAGUAUCCAGUCCCAAGCACGGCUACCAUUCAAUGGAAUAAUUCCUUCGGAAUCUGCAAACCGCCCCAGGAAGCCUUGCAAUUGUACUAAGUCUCUGUGUUUGAAAUUGUAUUGUGAUUGUUUUGCAAAUGGUGAAUUCUGCAAUAACUGCAACUGUACAAAUUGUUAUAACAACCUGGACCAUGAAAAUGAUAGGCAAAAAGCAAUAAAGGCUUGCCUUGACAGAAACCCUGAAGCCUUCAAGCCCAAAAUAGGAAAAGGAAAGGAAGGAGAAUCGGAUCGAAGACACAGCAAAGGGUGUAACUGUAAACGCUCGGGAUGUCUCAAAAACUACUGUGAAUGUUAUGAGGCAAAAAUCAUGUGUUCUUCCAUAUGCAAAUGCAUUGGCUGUAAAAAUUUUGAAGAAAGCCCAGAGCGAAAGACAUUGAUGCAUUUAGCAGAUGCUGCAGAAGUUAGGGUCCAGCAGCAGACAGCUGCAAAGACCAAGCUAUCUUCCCAGAUCUCAGAUCUGCUGACAAGGCCAACACCAGCACUCAGCAGCGGUGGUGGGAAGCUGCCCUUUACAUUUGUAACCAAGGAGGUAGCUGACGCAACCUGCGAAUGCCUUCUCGCACAGGCAGAGCAAGCGGAGAAGAUGGGCAAGUCAAAAGCUGCAGCAGAGCGCAUGAUACUGGAGGAGUUUGGACGCUGUUUGAUGAGAGUUAUUAACUCUGCAGGGAAGUCCAAAAGUGACCCUUGUGCCAUGAACUGCUGACUCGUGCACAUGAGCCAUAAUGAGGCGGACUGAACAGAACACUUAAGGCACAGGGACACUUUGGCAUAGAGGAUUUAAUAAUAUUUGUUAAUUUGGUGCUUGUUGUAAAUUGACAUGCGUAAGAUUGAAACAAGAAAAUCUUUUAUAACAAGAUGUAGAGCCUUUUAAAUCUUAGCUAAAUCCUCUUCUACUUAAGACAAUGCCUAAAGGUCAAUUCUUCUUCCUGAUGUACAGCUUUUACCUUGGAUUUCUAAAUAAUUACAUGUGUUCUCCCCUUUCCCCCAGAAUAAUUGCCUGGGGCAUAUAUAAAUUAUUAUAAUAUAUAUUAUUUACAGUGUAUGAAGUUGCAUCUCUUUGUGCAUACAGGAAAACACAGCUGUCAACAGCCAAGCAACUUUUGGCAAACAGGUCCGUAAUAAGGAGGUACCAGUGUAUCCAAGAUAGUUCUGAAAGGAAGUGUAUAAAAAUGAGCAUCUAAAUGGAAGGUAGUACUUGUGUUUAGGAAAUGACACAGCAUGUUUAUGUAGUGCACAGAGCACUGUGAAAUACACAGGUGAUAAUACAAAGGAGCUGCUUGCAGAUUCUCAUUGGAGCAGGGCCCAAGAAACUUAAGAGGCAAAAGGAAUUAAUGGGAAUUUUUUUAAUAGGAACAUGGCUGAAAGCUGAGAUGUUUCUUAAGAUGGAGCUUGAAGGCUAAGACAGACAGUGGCCUGUUCUCAGAAGUGAAGAAGAGCAGCCACGCCACAAUGCCGGACUGUUUGCCCAGUGUUCAGUGUUACCUAAGCUCUUGCUUAGGGGAAGCCUGGUUUUUCAGAGGUCUGCAGCAGCCUGGUCCCUCACUGGAGGUAGGGCUGUGCAGUCCACUGUGUUUUCUAGGAUUGAGCUGUAACCCUGGAAGAGUGUUAAGUCUGAGAAGCUGAGGCCAUGGGAGGCAGUGGAACCACAGUUGUUUUAAUGAGGAUUUGAAACAACCUGCAUCUGAAUCGACUUGCAAACACAGGUAGGGAUCAUGUUCAGCCUGGCCGUGGGUCUUCAGGAUGCUGCUUCUCUGUUGGCAAUUUACUUGGGGUGUAAGGUUUUUUUUAGUGUUGUCUAGAAUGACUUUGAGAGCUGUGACCAGAGAGGAUGCUAGCACAGAAUCAGGAUUGCUACCAAAGCAGAGGCAUGGAUCAUUUUACACACAGCAAGGGGGGCAAGGGGAAUCAACUAUAGCUGUGUACAGACUAGGGCAGGGGAUUUUUUCAGUAUUUGUUACAGGCAAUCUCAGAAUACAUUUUUUGAUAGUGGAACACAUUUGCAGAAUUAACCUGGUAGGUUACUUACCUACCAUGAAUAUCCAUAACCAUGUUUAAUCACAGGCAUUUUUAUUAAACAGUGCAACCUGAACUAGCUAGGUUUUUCCAAAAAGGAUUUUGUAUUCCUUGUGUAAAACUUAAUACAGAGAAAUGUAUUCUGGAGCUCUUCCUCCAGGUUUUCUAGCAGGGCCAGGCCGGGGAAAGGUAGGGGCUAGGCAAACCAGCAACAGAGCCAAGUGCCUCCAUGCAUGAUGGCAGUGGGAUGGGAGGAUGCUUCCACUUCUGUCUUCGCCCCACGGUCCUGCGCACUGAGCAGAAGGCCCUUUCUCUUCCACCCUUCUCUGUUGCCUCCUCUAAAUGCCUCAGGGGCAGAAAGGGCCUGGGAGGUGGCCAGCAGUGCUGGCGGGUCCAUCGAGUGGCCAUUGCAGGUUAAGUUUUGACCUGCCAGUCACCAUCUGAAGGGCCCUGUCUGCUAUUAACAUCUCCCUGAGCAUAAAUAGCAAGUGUGUUUUUGCAGACCUCUGAAAUGGGAAUCCACCUCUUGUGUAAGUAAAUGCCAUAUUUUUUCUUUUUUUUUUUUUCAUAAUUAGGACUUGGAUUGACUAAAAAAAAAAUCAGUGCAGUAACUUUACAUGUAGAUAGUGCGGAUAUUCAGUUUACUUCUAGUGACCUAAUAUAGUAUGUCCAGUAAGAUUUGUAUAAAUGUAAAUUAGUGUAAGUGAAUAAAGUAAUACCUAUUUACGGUAUUUUUCUGAUUGCAAUAUGCCUUCUUUUGUUUAGACUUCAAUCCAUGUUAAUUUUGUAAAUAUUCCAUGUCUUACUCUAAAUUGCACCUUUUGUGAUGUGUAUUUAUAUACAGUGUGCAAAAACACUUGUGAGAUUUAGAUUACAGUUGUAAUUAUGUAUGAUGAUAUUGCUUGAGAAUAUUUUGCUUGUAAAGACUUUGAAGGUGCAAUCAAAUGCUCUUAGUUCUUCUAUUUUGUUUUGAACAAGCUUUCUCAAACAUUAAGCUUGGAUUCCCCUCUCCCUGGUGUAGAAUGUGUGAAUUGGUUUUUGUACUUCCUUAGCCAUUUGCAUCAAACUGCUGGACAAGACUUACAGUCAAGUUCAUUCAGUUACAUAAAAAUAAUUGGGAAUGGGGCAAGGGUUCAUUUUCUAGUUCUGUUUACAUCUGAAAGUAGAAAAAUUAAAUUUAUAUUUACUAGACCUAUUCAAAGAAUACACUUUUCUAUAUUGUACAAAUAAACAGUCAGAUAAAUCACAAAGAAAAAUAAACAUUUAUACUAUUCUGUAAAUACGA